UAAUACAUUUUUAAAAUUUUCUUUAAUAGUGUGAAAAUUACAACUUUUUCAAAUUGUGACUUUGUUUUGUGUUCCAGUGAUUCUACUGUGUCUGAGAAUGACACGAAGGGAGGGACAUUUGAAACCAGGAGGAUCAGAAAUCGCAUGACUUAUUAUUACUCCACCUCCACAGAGGCAGCAGCAUUAUGUCUUUCCAAAGACUCCAUUACAUCACCGUCUCGUCGCCCCAUCUCACCCCUCAGUGUCUCAUCCUCAUCAGAUCCUUCCUCGGCUCUAUUGCGCUCAGAUUCACCUUUACCCAUACAUGUGUCCUCCCACAUCCAAUCAGAUUCUGCCCUCCCUUCCCGCCCCCUUCUUAUUUUCUUCUCCUGGCUCGGCGCCCAGCCCAGGUCGGUAGCCAAAUACAGGGACCUUUAUCUGCAGCGAGGCAUGGACAUGCUCCUGGUCCAGAGCAGUGUCAUGCACUUCCUGUGGCCCAGAUGGGGGCUUGAAUAUGGGUCGGAGGUUUUGAAGGUGCUGGAGGAGCCUCAGUUCUUAGACAGGCCUGUGCUGGUCCACUCCGCCUCCAUCGGGGGCUACACUUUCACCCAGAUCCUCACACACUUGGCUCGGGAACCGGAAAAACACGCAGGCCUGACUCAGAGGGUGAUUGGGCACAUCUAUGACAGCCUGGUGGUUGGUACUCUAGAGCACAUGGCGAUAGGUCUUGGAAAAACUCUGGUCCCACGUUUAGAGAGCCUCGUCAGAAAUGCGGCCAUGUUCUACUUUUGGCUCUUCAAAAGCCACACAGCAGACUUCUAUAACAGCAGCAUCCAGGUUUUCCGCAACAGCCCAAUCACCGCCCCAGCUCUCUUCUUCUUCAGCGAGAACGACGCCCUGUGCAACCCGCUCGCCAUGGAAAACUGUAUCGACCUCUGGAGGAAGAGGGGCGUGACCGUGGAAAGCCGCAAGUGGAAGGAGUCGAUACACGCGGCCCACAUGCGAUGCCACCCUGAAGACUACAUCUCUACUCUGCAGAAAUAUUUGAAGUCACUGCACGCUUCCUCCCUCAAAGCAAAAAUGUAAGCGUCGGGGUAGAAAAUCCUACCUGGACUGAAUAUUUAAACUGUAAGAUGCUUUAAUGCUCUUUGAACUUGCAACUUUGGAAUGAAUAACCACGUGAUUUAACCACGAUGAUCUCUCUUAGGCACUCUUAUUUGUUUGUUUGUCUGAUGUUAACCAAUAUAACAGUUAAACUUACAUCAUGUAUUUAUUCAAUUACUGUUUGGGUCCUAUUCUGUGAUGCUUGUUUGCACAGGGAUUGUUUCCUAAUGAACUGAUUUGCACUAGUUAGUUAAAAAUAUGCAGAAUAAAACUUGCUAUUUAUGA